AUGUCUCCACAACACUCUCGGCAACACUCUCAUCAAGCAGAAGCACAAGCAGAAGCAGAAGCAGAACAACGAGCCAUCGAAGACGCAAGUUGUCAUCAAUCGGCUGCCAGUUGGAUUGACUUUACGUCGUCUUGGAAUGCUUUCAACAGCACUGCCAGCAAUUGGUGGGAAUCUGCUGCAGCUUCUUGGCAACCAACCUUGCGAGAAGAACAUGAAGGUGACUUUCCAUCAACACUACCGGUAGCGCCUGGUUCUCCAGCUUCCUUUCACACGGCUCACAAUAAUACUGGCAAUGAUGAGAGUGGCAAUGGACAUGGACAUGGACAUGGACAUGGACAGGGAUAUGAUGGCAGUUACUUGGCCCGAGUCAAACAAGAUGCCAACCGUCAUCCCUAUCAUUCCAAGUCCAAGUCCAAGUUCAAGCAGUCCAAUCAUCGAGGCAAUCACAAUAACAAUAACAAUAACCAUAAUGCACCAUCGCCAAGUCAAGCGAUGCGCUUGAAGGAAUUGUCCAAGCUUUCCAGCCACACGGUGGAUUCUUCGUCGUCCUUGAGUGAUGUACAACAAGAAGGAGACAACCAAUAUAACUCUUCUUGGUACGCUCAAGGUGGAAGUCGACUCCAAGUCUUUCCAUCCAAUCAUAAUGGUCGACGCCACCGGGAAGGGGCACAACCAGAGGACGGCGACGACGACUACGACUAUCCUCACAAGCCUUCCUCACACCACUUUUGUUUUGGAAUCGCCAACAAGUCCAACAAGUACAAGUUUGCAGUCUUGUUGGUGGUCCUUGCCAUUCUUGCCUGUGUCGCAAUCAUCACUCUCACGUCGGUGGACAUUUCCAAAGAUAGCAACAACCUUGACAAUAACAUGGAUAACAAUGGUACCAACAACAGCAACAAUGACAGUCAGAAUUUGCUGGCCAAUAAUGGUGUUCCAACCAAGGCACCCACUCAAACACCUUUUCCAUUGGCCACUUCCAAUCCAACACCAUUCCCCACUACCAGUGCUCCCACCACUCCUCCUACCGAGGAAACCAUUCUCACGUACAUUCCGGGCAAGCUCAAUGUAAGAUCCAAUGGAUUGCUCUUGUCCGAAGGUUUGACCUCAAGAGUCAUUGCCAUUUCGGGACAAGCCGUCGAAUUGACGGGAUUGCCACCCUUGCAAACUGCCACUACUACUAGUAGUGGUGGUACAAAUCAAGGCGCGUCCUCGUCAUUGUCCGAAUUGCAAUAUUACAAAUCCACCCAAGGCUUUCAUGAGAAACCAGAUGGAGCUGCCGUCUUUCCAUGGGCCGAAACCGGAGGAUGGGUCUAUGUGAGUAACAGUGAGGUGAAGGAAGAAGGUCAAGGGGGAGUCGGAGCCAUUUACUUUGAUAAGGAAGGCAAGGUUGUGGAUUAUCAACGAUUGUUGGAUGGAACCACCAUGAAUUGCAGUGGUGGACCAACACCCUGGGGAACAUGGGUGACUUGCGAAGAAGUCGAUGGUGGCAAGGCCUAUCAAGUGGAUCCCUUUGGGAUUCGACCUCCCGAAUUACUUUCGACGCUCGAUACGGGAUUCUUUGAAGCCUUUGCGCACGAUACUCGCAACAAGGACAAACCAGCCUUUUAUGUCACCGAAGACAAGGAACGAGGACCCUUGCGCAAGGUCGUUCCGGACAAUCCCGACUGGCAAGAUCCGUGGCAAAUUCUGCAUGGCGCGGGAACUCUCGAGUACCUCGUCUUGCAACCAGAUCCACAAGAUCCCAACAACAUGUCGGGAACCUAUUAUUGGACUACCGAACGAGAAGUCGCCAAGGUCAAUUCGCAACAAUAUUACAAACAUUCCGAAGGCAUUGAUGUUUACAACCAUGAAUUAUUCUUUGUUUCCAAGGAACAAAAGGAACUCUUCAUCUUGAAUCUUGAUGAUGGCACGUACAAAGUCCAUACGACCGUCUCGGGGAUCUUUGAUGGACAUCCCGAUCAAAUGAAACGUUUGAUUCACAACGGGUUGUUGUAUUUCUGUGAAGAGGGUGGCAAGGAAAAUGGCGUCCAUGCACGCGAUGAGAAUGGUUGGUUCUUUACCAUUGCCGAAAGCGAUACCUUGAGUGAUGAGACUACCGGAUUGGCCUUUUCACCAGAUGGUAUGCACAUGUACGUGUCGUAUCAACACAAUGGACUCAUUUAUGAUAUCUAUCGAGAGGAUGGUUUGCCCUUUCAUGGACGGACCUUGAAUGUCAAGUAUCAUCAAAUUCAACAACGAUAG